AAACAGUUUACCUUAAGACAUAAGUGGACAGCGCUUCAAGCCGAUUUCUUUAGCCACCUUCAAAACGAAGACGAAGAGUCUAGUGGACUGGGCGAGGAAGAAGAUUACAGUGAAGCGGACGAGACUGGUGGAAGUGGUACUAACAGCCGCAACAGCUUGCCUGAAAAAGAGAAAGGUGAUGCGAAUGAAGCAUUUACCGGCAAAAAGGUGAAGAACGAAGGAAAGUGUGAGAAGCCAGAGCCGUGCCCAGUACCAAAUUGUAACGACAAAGAGUUUGGUGAACUAGGCAAGGAAGAAGAUUAG